AUGGCUGGAAGGAGAAGAUUAGUCUAUAGACAAGAUCCUGACGGCAUGUACCGUGCUCGACCUGAAGUGCAGCCAGCGGAGACUAAGUCAUCCAAGAAGGGGUCAGUAUUGGGGACAGCACCAUCACAACCAACUCUAGAUAAGCCGGCUGCUGCUCCAGUGGUUGCACAACCUAAAUAUAUGGUGGAACCAGAAGAUAAUGAAUUGAUUACGUGUGAGUUCAAAGUACCUAAUUGGGACCUUGAAACGGAUUCUCCAAUAGCUCCUGAACCACCAACAAGCAAGUCAGCAGAAUUUGUUGUCCCUGCUGAUGCUUCUACGACAGCAUCAGCAGCAAGAAGGGAUUCUCCACAACGAGAAUCCAAGGUUCCCUUGUCAUCUCCAGUUGCUGCAACUGCAACUUCUACCGUCCCAUCUUCACCUAUUGCACACACCAAAACAGUCCCAGUAUAUGGUGAUAAUGGAGUUUAUCUUGACCUUAAUGCACCAGGUUCCCCGGUUCUUGAAAGCUUUUCUGCCGUAUCAGGUCAACAUGAUUUGAAAACAUUACUCUUGGGUGGUGUCUUGGGUUUUGUAGUUGCACAUUUAAAGCUUCUCUUACUGUCUCAUACAAAAGAUAUAGCUUCAACUAUUAAGAUAGGGAUACUAUUUACUCUUCUUAUUUUAGCUUCUUGUGGGUGGAUGGGUCUUAUCACAAUGUCUGAUUUGCUUCUGUUGAUUUCAAAUGGUCGUUCUUUGAUAUCUUCCACGAUUUCAGGAAAGAAUAGCCAGGUAAAUGCAACUAUAAAUCCUAUUGUUCCCGAGGAGAUGCAUAACAAAGAGGAGAAACCAGAAACUAUUAAGAUAUUCGAAGCUCCGGUAGCUCAGCAACAGCCACCAAACGUACAAGUACCUUUAACCGUUCCUGUUUCAGCUUCCAAUCUGGUUGAUCAUACCGAACAACCUCAAGAGAGAUUGUUUGUAGUUCCUGCAACUGAUAGUAACUCAGACCACCACGAUAAGCUUUCCGUUUUAACGGAAGAAUCGAUACCAGAAAAGUCAUCACAACAUAGCAGACCCCGUGCUCGUUCGCUGUCUCCAAUACAACAAAAAAAGCAUCGUCCAUCGAACGUUUACGUCAACAUUACUCCUUACAAAGCAACUCCACGUAAAAACUCUGAUCAGAAACCUCAAAGUCUGGGACUUCCUCGUUCUCGAUCAGCUGCUGAAUGGCAACCAAGACUCUCUGCUGCUAGCAAUGGAUUCAAUCCUCCGCCAUUUGCGCGGACUCCCAGCGGAGGAAUUCCCUCUCGAGUUCAUUUGGUUCAUCAUUUGAAAGACAGUGCCCCUCUCCAUCGCCAGUCGAUGGAUAACUCAGCGAUUCAAUACAAAAAACUUCCUCCAGAACCUGAUCACGACGAAGACCCGGAGGACCUUCCUUUCAUCAAUAAGGUGAAUUCUCUAACCAGUGAAGAAUUGAAACGUAUGAAUCGUGAACGUCGCGCUUCUACUGAAAUGAAUCUUGGAAGAUCUAUGUCUAAUGCUAGCAAGCGGUCAACAUUACAAACAAGAGCAAACUACACAAAGUUUGUUUCUAAUGUUCCAGAGAUAGUUCAAUAUUAA